AUGCUCAACUGCAUCGACAACUCGGGCGCCGCCCUCGUCGAAUGCGCCCUCGUCGUCGGCCAAAAACGACACGCCAGAAUAGGUACCAUCACCACCACACAACGCCUACGACAAUCCCCAAUCCCUCGAGUACACCCCAAUGCUAACCAACCUCGACUCAAAACCACAGGUGACCGCAUCGUCGUCGUCGUCCAAGAACAGCGCGGCUCCUCCUCCUCCGGCAUGGCCGGCAUCUCCGCCGCCGCAAAGGUCAAGCGCGGCGACAUCCGCCACGCCGUCGUCGUCCGCACGCGGUACCCGACCCAGCGCCGCGACGGCACCGUCGUGCGCUUCGACGACAACGCCUGCGUCCUGCUCAACAAGUCGGGCGACCCCGUCGGCACCCGCAUCAACGGCGCCGUGGGCGCCGAGCUGAAGCGCAAGAAGUGGAGCAAGAUUCUGUCCAUGGCGCCCAUGCAGGCAUAA